AUGGGUCACAUCAAGCUGACAGAUUUUGGGUUGUCAAAAAUUGGUCUCAUGAAUCGAACCACUUUGGUAGCUGAAGGUUUCGAGAAUGCCAUUGAUACUCAGCAAGUUCAAAGACAAGCAGCUGUAUACAUCGCUCCUGAAGUGAUCCUUCGCCAGGGCUACGGUAAACCGGUUGAUUGGUGGGCAUUGGGUGUGAUUUUGUACGAGUUUCUUGUCGGUUGUGUGCCAUUUUUCGGCGAUUCACCGGAGGACCUAUUCUCCAAAAAGUUUUUUCUUCCUUUACGCCCCAGGGUUGUGCAGUCCACCUUGAAACAUUUGCUUUUUUCAGAAGAGGUAGAAUAUCCGGAUGGCGACGAGGCACUACCGCGUGAAGCUGAAGACCUGAUCAGGCGUUUGCUUGAGAAGAAUCCGAUGGAGCGUCUAGGAGCCAUUUUCGCGUUGCUUGACUUCAACACACUCCUUCGCCAGAAAGCUGAGUUUGUACCGCAGUUGGAGAACGAAGAAGACACGAGUUAUUUCGACACUCGUGCUGAUCGUUAUAACCAUGAUGCGGAAUCAUGCGGUGAGGAGGAAACAGCUAGUGCCGUAGCUGCAGCAGCUCCAAUGUUUCACUCAUUUUCGACGGCUAGUCCUCGGCAUUCGAUUGUUGCCGUAGAGCAGAUUCAGGGACCACAGAGCGCCCCAGUGCAACCGUCGAAGCGUUCACGAAAACCGUCAUCGACCACUCAGUCCAGUGAGGAUCAAUCGAUUACCGAUCUGGUUGACGAGAAGGAAUGCCCAAUACCAUCGGCCAUGCUGCUAAGGCGCCGCUUCUCGGCCCAACGCCAAGCAAAUGUCUCGACAUCGUCGAGUGGAACUACCGGUACGGGUUGUUUGAAUACUGCCUGCUCGUCGACAGAUAGCAGCAUGGAUUCGUCACACGUGAGCACGAUUGUUGUGGGAAUGGAUGCUAGGAGGUCACCAUUGCCUCGGUUUGCCAUCUCAUGCGAUCCAUCUGAAGAGCAGCACCAUCAUCCUGUGCCUGAAGCACGUGUUUGUAAGGAGCUGUCACCGGUCGACGAGACUGUAAGAUUCAGGUCUCAUUCGCCAUCGCCGCUUCAGCUGGUAAUACCAACCACCUCGGCUUCCUCGCAGCAAGCAAGCUCAAGCAGCAACGAUACGUGUUAU